GCAAACUACUAAAGUAAUAUUUUACAGUCGGUACGUUCAGAUUCACUAAAAAACGAUUCGAUCGGUUAACUAUUACAUAGCAGCAGCACGACAGACCUGGCAACCCUAAAUAUCGAAGAUCCUCGCUCCAUUGUGCAUGUCUUGAUUUGCACUCAGAUUAAGGUGAAUUAACAACAGUUGCAGCAAUACUGAUUCUGAUACAUCGUAACAAGAUGUCCGUUUCGGUUCGGUCACUUGUGCGUCGUGUAAAGUUCUGCUGGGUCUCAGAGCGAGUCCUUCAUGGCGGUGGGUAUUUGCGUGCAGCGGAUCAGGUCAGGCUUUACCACGGCGGCGGAGGCGGUAGCACUGCGGCUCGGGACUCGGGCGCCUGGCACACGGUGGAUCUGCGCAGUGACACAGUGACUGAACCGGGAGAAGCCAUGCGCAGUGCCAUGGCACAGGCCAGGGUCGGAGAUGAUGUGCUUGGUGAAGACCCCACUGUUAAUGAACUGCAAAAAGUAGCAGCCGAUAUGUUUGGCAUGGAGUCAGCGUUGUUUGUACCCACAGGAACCAUGAGUAAUUUGAUUGCGGUCAUGGUGCACUGCAGAGAGAGGGGGGAUGAGAUGAUACUGGGGGAUCUCUCUCAUCUGCACAUCUAUGAGCAGGGUGGGAGUGCACAGCUUGCUGGUGUCCACUCUGCCACACUCACAACUCUGGCUGAUGGAACAUUUGAUCUGGAGCAGCUGGAGUCAAAGAUUCGCCAUGACUACCCUGAUGCACACUACCCUCGCUCACGCCUUGUGUGUGUAGAAAAUACACACAACAUCAUGGGUGGACGUGUUCUCCCUGUCUCCUUCCUGCAGCAGCUGCGUUCUAUAGCAGAUAAGUAUGGACUUGCUGUGCAUAUGGAUGGUGCUAGGCUGAUGAAUGCAGCAGUGGCACUGGGUGUGCAUCCUUCUGUCAUGAUCAAACAUUGCCACUCAGUCAGUGUGUGUCUGUCCAAGGGACUGGGAGCACCUGCUGGCACUAUACUUGCUGGAUCGAAAGAGUUCAUCCAAAGAGCAGUGCGUGCUCGUAAAGCAUUGGGAGGUGGAAUGCGCCAAGCAGGUAUUUUAGCAGCUGCUGGAAAGAUUGCUUUGCUGGACAUGAUGGCUAGACUGGAAGAGGACCACAGGAAUGCCAGGACUUUUGCCAGAGCUCUGACUGAAUGUGAUCCUCCCUUGUACCAUGUGGACUUGGCUUCUGUUGAAACCAACAUAGUGCGCUUCCGUAUGCGGGUUCCUGAGCUGAGCCCGGCUCAUUUCUGUCACCUGAUGGAGGAGGUGAGCAAGGAGGAGGUCGAUACUCUGAACCAAGGUAUACGGGUGCUCAUGUUCCCUCAUUCCGGGGGUACAGUGAGAGCUGUGUGGCACCUCGGCAUCAGCAAGGAGGACACUCAUCUAGCUAUAAAGAAAGCCCAGUUUGUGGCCCAGCAGUUUGGGUUGAAAUCAGAAAGAAACAGAUGAAAGCAAGGAAAGAAUCUUCAAUAAUUCUGAUCUAUUUCAGUUACGAAAUGCUAUGAUACAAUCAAAUAUUUGUAUUACACACCAGCACUUUAAUUUACAUUUUACUUAGAAUAUUUAAUUAUGAUUUGUUUGAAAUGGUAAUUUCUACUUGUAUAAAGCAGCUAAAUAAUUUAGUCUAAUUUUUAAACGGAACAGUUAAUGUGUUUUUUAUAUAAUACCAAAAAUUACACAUAAACUCCUUGGCAGCAGUUUAACCAUAACACCAUGUCAAUUAGGAUUUAGUUGCUUGAUUUCAACAUGUUAACUUUUAAUUUGUUAAAUAUAGCUAGGGAUGAAAUAAUAUAAUUUAAGAUUUAUUAUUAUACCCAAGUACACUGUACAGUAAUAUACAUUAAUACAAACAAUACUGGUUUUAACAUAACAGUUACAUGAAGCCCAAAAAAUUUACAUUAAAGGCCAAAACAUUAAGCCCAGUAUUAUGUAGGUCCCACUUAGUCUUGACCCUUGGCACACAACUCCACAAGGUCUCUGGGAGUGUGUUGUUGUGGGGCCUCCAUGGAUAGGACUGUUUUUUUUUUUUGUUUUUUUUUUAGCGCAUUCUAUGAAUACUUAAUCAGGUUAAGAUCUGGAUAAUUUGGAGUCCAGAUCAACCUUGAACUCUUUGCCUGACAAGCCCUAUACAAGGCAGGCUGUGAUACACUGCGUUCUCUGAUACCUGAGAUGAACAACAUAAAAUGCCAUUAUUCAUUUUUUUUUUAAAUGAAGGAAAAAAAAGAAACAAAUUAUGUGGGCAAUAAUAAGUACCCCAUAAUUAAAAAGCUUGGAGAUCGACCUUUAGCAGCAAUAACUUGAAGUAAUCAUUUCCUGUGUGACUUUAUCAGUUUUUCAAAUUGUUUUGGUCCAUUCUUCUUUACAACAUUGCUUCAGUUCAUUGAGGUUUUUGAUAAUUUGCUUAUGCACAGCUCUGUUAAGGUCCUGCUACAGCCUUUAAAUUGGGUUGAGGUCUGGACUUUGACUAGGCCAUUCCAAACCCUUUAUUUUUUUCAGCUAUUUAGAUGUAGAUUUACUGGUGUGUUUCGUUUCAUUGUUGCAUGACAGAAUUUCUACCAAGUUUUAGCUGUCGGACAGAGUUACAUUCGCCUCUAGAUACUCUGGUAUAAAGAGGAGUUUAUGGUUGCCUCAAUAACUGCAAGCUGCCCAUGUUCAAAUCACCCCUCCACCCCUCGGCCGUGCUUGACAGUAGGUACAGUAUGAGAUAUUUCUGCUAAAUGCAGUUUGGUUUUUGACAGACAUGGUGCUGGGCAUUAAGGCCAAACAACUCCACUCUGGUCUCAUAUGAAUUAACCUGUAAAGUUUACUUAUAGUUGGAAGUAAUGUCUGAACCACAUUGUUUAAUUUAUUGUUGCUUUAAAAAAAUAUAUGUAUUCAAGUUCAAUUCAGUUCAAUUCAAUUUUGUUUGUAUAGCGCUUUUAACAAUUGUCAUUGUCGCAAAGCAGCUUUAUUUUAGUCAUUUAGUAAUUUUUAUAUUUAGUCAUUUUUAGGAGUGAUUUUUUCCCCCUGACAUAAAACUGACAAAAAACUUAAAAUGCCAUCUAUUGAAUUUUAAAAUGAACUACAAUUUUUGUGUUAUGUGUAAAAUCGCAUUUAUUACAUGGAUUUCAAUUGCACGCUUAUAUAUAGCAUAUAUAUUUUAAGCAUAUUAAAUUUGACUCUGAAUCUGGUUGUAAUAAGAUUGUCAUGUAGCACCCAAAAUGAGGCAUUUUUCUAUUGGGAAUAAUGAGCCUGUCGCCACAGUUUGCAUAUUAAGUACACAUAACAUGUGUCCCAUAAACACAUACACACUCUCAUUCUGGAGAUGGAUUGUCCUAAUGACCAGGGGGAUAUUGCAUUUGCUGUGCUGCAUCUCAAACCACAGCCCUGAGCCACACACUAGUCACACCGUUUCAAAGCACCUACAUUAAGAACAGCUUUACAAGUGUCAGAGUUAAUCAAAUUCUGUGUACAAAAUGUCCAUAAAUAGUAUUGCAGUGUAUCUACGUUAUAAUUGGAUACACCUUGGAUGUGUGCACGGAAUUCAAUUAACUUUGAUGGUUAGAAUGAUAGUUGCCUAUAGCAACAAUGUGCACCAAGGCAACAAUGUUCCAAUGCUACAACCAUAUAA